CACCGCGUAAGUGGUAAACCACAUGUUGCGAAGAACAAAAUUUUGUCAAAUUGGCCGCAAGUUUCCACAGGUGUUUCCAUAAACCAAUAUUGAAAUUUAAAUGAGCGAAAGAAUGGACUCUUUUACUGUGGACAGUGUUAAUAUGUCCUUCAAACGAUGGAGCUUGAGUUACUUCUUUCGCGAAGAAAUGACGGAAUACAGUUUGAGACGAACAUGGCGUGAUGUAGUUGGGGAGUGUGAGACGGACAGGAAGAACUUGAUUGAAUCAACUAGGUUUUCGAUAACUUUGGUUCGCUCCUGUGUCCACAAAGAUGUCUCUUUAGUUCAACAAAACUAUCAAGCCCAUCUGACCAAAAAGGUGGUGGGCAAGAUUUUAAAGCUUGUCUCGGAUGAAUAUGGCCAACUGGUAUUCCUUCUUAAACUUGAAGGCGUUGAUCAACCACAGGCAAUACCAACGAAAGUGGCGAAUGCAACAAUGCCUCAUUUGGUUGAAGAAUUCUACAGGAACCGCCGGUCGCAGCAUGAUUUUAUAGCGACAUUGUUAAAGGAAACAUGGUGAUCACAUUCGCAACUAAAAAACCAUUUAUCCUAAAUAAAGGUUCAUGCUUACAUACAUAUAUAGAUAA